AAGGAGAAGGCUCCCUAAAUAGCGCGGUGCAUAUUCAAUUGCAGUUGAACUAGUCCAAUCUUCCAAUACCAUUUUCUUGCCUUUCUUUUAUCUUCAAAUGGGAUUGCACGUUCUCAAAUCCUCACCCCUUUCGUCUUCCUCCAAGACCAUAAUCUUCAACCCCACAAUCACACCCACUGUCACGAAGCUCCUUCACCCUCCAAAACCUGCACCCACUUCUCUCUUCAGAACCCAUUUCAGAGCUCUACCACCAAGACCCAUCUCAAGCGUCAUACCCGCUAUUGGGCUUGGCGGGUCUUUGUUCCAGAGUAAGCGUAGCUUUCGCGGUGGGGUUGUCGUAGCCAUGGCUGCUCCUGGGUCGGUCCAGAAAUCAGAGGAGGAGUGGCGAGCCGUGCUCUCGUCUGAGCAGUUUCGGAUUCUGAGGCAAAAAGGCACAGAGUAUCCAGGCACAGGAGAAUAUGACAAGUUCUUUGAGGAGGGAGUCUAUGGCUGUGCAGGAUGUGGGACUCCUCUAUACAGAUCCACCACCAAAUUUAAUUCUGGAUGUGGUUGGCCAGCUUUCUAUGAGGGUCUUCCUGGGGCCAUAAAUUAUAACCCGGAUCCAGAUGGAAUGAGGACCGAAAUUACAUGUGCGGCUUGUGGUGGACACCUGGGUCAUGUAUUCAAAGGCGAAGGCUUCCGAACACCCACGGAUGAGCGCCAUUGUGUGAAUAGUAUUUCACUAAAGUUUUCUCCUGCCAAUUCUCAUACUUCGCAGUGAAGCCCUUUGCAUGCUACAUUUCAAUAUCGCCAAUUCUAAUCCUUCGCAGUGAGCGCCAUUCUGUCAAUAAAGCGGUUGUCAUGGUAAAGAAUAAAGAUUGAUAGAUUGAUGCUAAACCUUUAUGUGCUACUGCUGUCAUUCUUCUUUUUGUAUGCCGUAACUUACACAUAAUUCGCCAAAUUGGUCUUCGUUUUCUCCUAUUCCUCCUGCUAUGCCAGCUGAUGUUGUGUCUGAGUUCUGAUGUAUAGGAAUGGACUCAUGUAUCUUCCUAAGUAUGCCUUUUGCAUUCUUGCUUUAGCGAAUGGCUUACCUAGAACGCAAACUAAGGUUUUGUUCAUGUUCUUGUAAGCCUUAAGGCCCCGUUUGGUUCAUAGGAAAUAAGACUUGGGAAUGAGAAAUCAAUUGCUUUCUCAUGUUU